UCAUUCUUCAUUACCUCCAGGUUUCAUUGAAUUGCGUCGCUUGACCCGAACUCUUGGGACGAAGGGUCUAACAGACACUUUAAGUAGAUCGCGAUCCAUCAUGGCCGGAUCACCAAGCGCUCAAUCGCCUGUGCCCGCCUCUCCUCCGGCGGCCGCAUCCCCCACCAAGUCAAAAACCGCGUCUCCGAACAAUCGGAGUCCGUCGCGGUCAAAGACUGCUUCACCAGUGACGCAAAACUCGCCCCCAGGCGGAGUCACAGAUGAAGUUACUGACGAUAUUGAGGUUGACGAAGGACUCAGUGUUAGCGACGGAGCCUCAACGAUUGAUGAUCAGAUAUCAUCCUACACAGCUUCUUUGGCUUCUAGUGUGGUGGACUAUCCUGUGGAGCAUGGCCGUCGGUAUCAUGCUUUCCGAGGUGGAGCUUACUAUGCUCCCAACGAUGAGAAUGAGCUGGACCGUCUUGACUUCCUCUCAACCUUGAUCUUCAAGGCCAUUGGCAAGUUGUACUUAGCCCCAAUUGAGCAGAACAAGACCCACCGCAUCUUGGAUAUUGGCACUGGGACUGGAAUCUGGGCUAUGGGAAUGGGAGACUUAUUUCCCAACGCCGAGAUUCUCGGAAACGACCUGAGCGCAAACCAACCAACUUGGGUGCCAUCAAACGUCAAAUUUGAGGUCGACGAUGUCGAAAGCCCUUGGCUGCACUCAACCAAGUUUGACUACAUUUUCUGCCGGUCUAUGGCCGGUGCUAUCGCCGACUGGCCCAAAUUGAUCAGAAAUAUUUACAACAACACCAACGCCGGAGGCUGGGUCGAAUUUCAAGACUGGGACCUCCUUUACCGCUCCGACGAUGGCUCCAUCACCGAUGAGCACGAAAGUCUGAAAAUGAACAAGACAUUUAUCAGCACCUGCAGGCAGAUUGGCCGUGAGCCCUGCCCGGGUCCCCUAUUCAAGGACUGGGUCACGGAGGCCGGCUUUACCAAUAUCACCCAUGAGACGUACAAGCUACCGAUUGGUACUUGGCCCAAGGAUCCCCAUUAUAAGGAGCUCGGCCUCUGCAACCUUGUACAAAUCCUGGAUGGUUUGGAAGCUUUCAAUUUGAGACUCCUUACUGGCGUACUUGGCUGGACGAAGGAGGAGGUUAUGGUGAUGCUAGCGGCUUGUCGGAAUGAGUUGAAGACUGGAGCCUUUCAUGCUCGCAUGGAAUUCCAUGUUGUGUAUGCACAGAAACCAGAGGCGGAAGCUUAGCUGGACGCAGCGAAUACAUGUAACGAACGGGUAUAGUGUACCUUAGUCGAAAAGACUCCAAUUGAAUCUGUCUCAAGCACCAUCUAAGUGAUCUUUUCUUAAAAUAAAACGUGCUUAUUCCCGC